CCAAUUAUACUUAUAUAUUACAGCAAUUGGUAUUGUGUUUCCCCCCUAAAUAUUUCGCCCAAACAGGGCGAUAGUGGGUUAAAUUAUGCAGUUUUCCCUUUGCUGUUUUGACAAUUUGCUCGCGCUACGAUACGGUUGAUUUUGGGUGUGUAACCAACAGCAACGCCAGAAUAACACAGAAAGAUAAAGAGAAAGAUAAGGGAUGAACUUUUUUUUAUUUUUAUUACCCGGCAAAAUUCACAGUAUUCAGACAGGAAUCCCAGCAUUGCUCCGAGACAUUACACACGCUGUUUGUGCACCUAAUGGCCUCCUUCCUUCUCACAAGUCUGUGUUCAUUCUGUAAAUUCACACUGUCUCUCUAUUAAUGCAACACCGUAUAUUUUUUACAUAUUCUAGAUUUACACAUCUGAUACCGGUAAUAAUCGUUGUCACCACUCGGGUUUUCCUGUCCUGUGUGCGGGGUGAACCCGUCUGAAUUGAGGGGUAUCUUCUGGUCCAUCCCGUUGGAAAGGAUUACGCAAUGCACUACGCUAUACGGCACACGUUAGAGCCGCUGACUGAAGCGUUUUUCACGUAGAAGAGAAGCACGUUUCGAAAUGAGCUCAAACGAGCAAGGAGGGCAGCUCCUGAUAUCUGCAGGCUCUUUAAGUGCAUGAUGUAGGCUCACUGAUGGAUGGCAUGGCGCGGCACGCGCCCAAACCGUCCCCCAUCUGAUGUCUGCAGGGGGGGAAACAGCAGAGACAGAGAGACCGACCAUUCAAGAUGAAGGUAAUCAGCGCUGCAGUGCUUAGCGCCCUGUUCUGCACCGUUGUGUCAGCAUCUUUGAAAGUCAAAGAGGAGCACAGGACAGCCUUCUUUGGGGAGGACAUUCACAUCGAUGUCCCGCCUGGGAACCUCAGUGAGGUCGUGUUCAAAUCCAGGACCAAUCACCUCUCUGAGGUGGUCCUGCUGCGAGCAGGCCAGGUGGUGAAUCCACGGGGCAGCAUCAACUCUCUGGGCCACCUGGUGCUGGAGGACGUGCAGGAGGAGGAUGAGGGGGUGUACGUCAUCAAGAACACCAACAACCCCAACACAGCCAAGCACCUCAUCCUCAUUGUCAAGGACUGCGCUGCGGAGCAGAUAGUGAAGUACGGAGAAACUUACUACAUCCAUCUGAACCGCGUGGAGGGCCCCAUCACCCUGGAGUUCAGGCCCAGUCUGGUUCAUGCCAACCAGACUGAGAUACGUCACGCAACAGAGCCUCCACCAGUGGUGCUGUACAACCAGACGGCAGGGCCGGCAGAGGAAUACGCAGAGCGUCUCAGCAUGUCGGAGAAACGGGUGAUGCUGCACGUGGUCAGGAUGGCGGACGAGGGCAGCUACACGGUGCUGGACCGCGAGGGAAAAAUCCGGAGGAGGAGCUGUCUGAAUGUCAGAGGUGAGGAGAGAGCUGUGCUUUGCUGCAUCUUCUCAGCAUGAAUUAAUCCAUCAAUCUCGUGUGCAGGUGUCGUUAUUCUGUACAUCCUGGUGUUGCGAGUGUGACGUGCACUGUCAAUGUCUGCAAAGUACUUAACUUGAUGAGAAAUGGGACAUGCCAGGUGAAGAUAUAGUUAAUGCCAAUCAGUGCUAGUUGCUUAUACCUUUGUCAUCAAAAUGCAGACAGGGCUUUUUGUGUUUCUCACAUUGCAAAUUUUCAUCUUGGCCUUGAAGAACUAUCUGCAUUAUUUAAUUCACAAGUGUAUUACCUAUAAUAACUUCAGAUGCCUGAACCUGAGAAGGUCAUAAGUGUUUUAUGAAUGUAUUUUAAAUGAGGUUAAACUUGCUUGCAGGGAUACUUGACCACUGCAGUAAUAAAGAAUAGGAUGUAGAUAAAACAAUACAUCAAGAACGCAUUUACUGUAAUGAAGGUUAGGGAACAAAAUAUUAAUUCUAAAUGACAACUGAGAUAUGAUGGCUUAUGUGCCGAGGUCCGCUCAUAUAAAAAAUCCUGGAAUUGCCCCUGCCUCUGUAAACUAAUAAAGAAUGCUUUAAACAAGACUGUGUGUGGCCAUGCCGGAGGCUCUUUGAGGCUGUUCUGUGGCACAGUGGUGGUUUCAGCUAAAUGCUAGGUUCAGUAUAACCAACAUGGUUAAAAAUGGUACAGAUUGAACAAAUUAAUAAUGUAUCAAAUGGGUGUAAAAUGUGCAUGGUGGCCUGUGCAUUGGAUGAGCAGGACGGUGAUGCAAUUGUUUGUUUAGUUGUUCAUGCUAUCACCGCUAACAGUGAAUAGCUAGCAUAUAGCUAUUAGCUGUCCACUGUAACAUAAAAUGUGCCACACUCAGGGUUCAAAAGGGUGAAGGAAACCCUGGAAACGUGUCAACAUUAGCAUAAACAUUGCUCGUGUAAAAUGAGAUUUGAUUUAUUUUGUAGAUUACUUUCUCGGGCUUAU